AUGAGUUCAAAUUUAAGUGCAAAAAAACAAACUGCAGUCUCAGUUAUGAAGAAAAAGGAUCUGAAAUCUGCUGCGAAAAUUUCUAGUAGUUUGCUAAGUAAUCAAAAAAAAGACAAUUCAGUUUUUAAAACGCCUACUUUAGGUAAUAAUAAUGCUCAAAGAAAUACCCCUGAAGUAUUUUUAACUCCAAAAUUAAGUACACCCAAAAGUAGCACUAUGCUUAAGAGUAAAUCGACACCAGUAAUACCUGAAAAAUAUUCAAACAUAGUAAAAGGCAAGGACAGAGCUUUCGGUACACCUGUUACACAUUUAUGUUCUCCCAGUUUAUCACCGAAAGGAAGAAGGAAUUUUAUUCAGCAAGCAAACUGCUCAGUAAAAAGAUUCCUAAGUGAUUCCAGUUUAAAUGAUUCCCCUACUCCUAAUAAUGGAGAGUUAAAUACUCCAACUAGUAAUGGUUAUCAAAGAGAUGAAGAGGCAAGCAACUUUGUCGUUGGAGUCAGAGUGAGACCAUUUAGUUUAAGAGAACUUAAUGAUUCUACUGUUAGAAAUGUUGUGCAAAUGACAGAAGAUGAAGUACAAGUUACUUGUGAUACAGGGGCAAUUCACAGUUUUUCAUAUGAUCAUUGCUUUUGGUCUUUCGACAGUACUAAUAUUCAGUAUGCUUCACAAGAGGAUGUUUUUAAUAUUAUGGUUUUGCCUUUAAUGGAUCAAGUUUUUUUAGGGUGCAAUGCUUGCUUAUUAGCUUAUGGACAAACUGGAUCUGGAAAAAGUUACAGUAUGAUGGGAGUGGAUUCAGGAGUUCAGGGAGAAUUAGGCAAAGAAUCUGGUAUAAUUCCACGAUUUUUUCAAGAAGUUUUCAGACGAAUAUCCGAAAGCGAUCAAGAGAACAUUGAUUACCACGUUGAAAUAAGUUAUUUUGAAAUAUAUAAUGAAAAGAUUCACGACUUAUUGGGCACUCAUUCAAAUUUUUCAUUAAGAAAAAGUCUUAAAGUUCGAGAACAUCCUACUUUUGGACCUUAUGUAGUCGACUUAUCUACACAUUGUGUGGAGACUUUUAGAGAUGUUCAAGAUUGGAUAACUGUUGGCAAUAGUCAAAGAAUUACAGCUUCAACUGGUAUGAAUGAAAAAAGUUCAAGAUCUCAUUCGAUAUUUAGUAUAACAAUAACUCAAAAGCAAAGGGACGGACUUAAUACAUGUAAAAGUAAAGUUAAUUUAGUGGAUUUAGCUGGGAGUGAAAGAGUUGCUCAAAUGUGUGCAACCGGAAAUAAACUUAAGGAAGGUGUAAGUAUCAACAAAUCUUUGUUGAGCUUGGGAAAAGUGAUAACGUUUUUAUCGGAAAAAGGUCGGAAAAAGGGUGUCACAAGUUUUGGACCAUACAGGGAAUCGGUACUGACUUGGUUAUUAAGGGAAAGCUUGGGGGGAAAUUCAAGAACGGCCAUGUUGGCGACCAUAAGUCCGGCAAAUAUACAUUUGGAUGAAACUUUGGCAACUUUAAGGUACGCUUGCCAGGCACGAUCGAUUGUAAAUCGAGUUUACAAAAAUGAAGAUGCAAACGAAAGAAUGAUAAGGGAAUUGAGAGCUGAAGUUGAAAAAAUAACAAUGCUCAAACAGGAAUUGGACAAAAUGAAAAAAAUGGUUGAAUUUUCCGAGAGUCAAGAAAAAGAAGAUGAAAUAGAAAGAUUGAAAAAACAAUUAAUGGAAAGCGAAGAACUUUUGGCCAAAUCACAAACAUCGUGGGCGGAACGUUUGCGAGAAGCCGAAAGUUUAAAAGCAGCCGAAUUGCAAUAUUUAAAACGCUGCGGAAUUUCAAUAGCGGAUCCCAUGUUGAGCGGUACUCUGUUGUACCUUCUACCUCCAGGACGUUUAGUGAUUGGACGUUCGAACGAUAAAAAUCCCGAUGAAAAACAACCGGAUAUAAGAUUAAACGGUCCAUUAAUUCAACCCCAUCACUGUGAUAUCGAAAAUGAAAAUGGAAGAUUAUAUUUGAUUCCCAUCGAAGGCUGUGAUACAUACGUUAACGGAUGCGUCAUAAAUGUCAAGACUGAAUUAUUUCACAAAGAUAGAAUCGUAUUUGGUGGAAUUCAUUAUUUUCGCAUAAACAUACCCAACGAAUCAUCCGAGAAUGAGGAAAGAAUCGUGGAUUUUGAUUUUGCACAUCAGGAAAUAUUAAAAGUACAAGAGAAAAGAUUGAGAAAAGAAUUGGAAGAAUCGAAACAAAAAGCAAUAACGGAAUUGGAAUCGGAAAUGGAAUCGAUGUUGGGAGCACAAAAAUUUGAUUACGAAAGACAAAUCAACGAAAUGUUGUCGGUCGUCGAAAUGCAAACCAACGCACUCGCCGAGGAAAGAAAACAAAAACACGUUUUAGAAGUUGAAAAAAAUGUUUUGCAAGAAAAGGUCAACAGUCAAAACGAUUGCAGGAAAAUGAUUAGUGACGAGAGAAAAAAUGUCAAAAGGAUAUCGAUAUACAAGUCGACGUUUUUACAGGUGAUGAGUCAAACGGGAGGAGGAAGGUAA